AACGCACCUAGGUUUCUACCUGAAGGCACCAGUGACUAACUGCUACUCGGUGAGGAUGCCCGUUAAGCGAAAGCUUCGUCUGUUCCGUCCGCAACAAAUCGACCUAUAUGGAAGGCGGCUUUUAUGAAUGGAAUUAGUAUUCCAAGGUCAAUCACGAGCUUAAAUCAAAAACAAGAUGGAUCCAGAACUUUGAACUUCAUACUCUCUAGAUAUGAAGACAGUUUUUCUGUGUUAAUGUUUUCCACUCACUUUUAGCAUAAGUAUUUACACACCUGUCAGUAUGGCGUUUACAACAAGUAUGAUUCCAGAACAAGCUCAAGUUAAAGAUCGCGCUGAUGAACUUCUGUCUUUAUGUAAAAAAGCAGUUGCUGAUUGCAAUAACGUGAAGCCAACACUUGAUUCACUUGAUAAAUUACGUUGCAAACAACGUGGUUCUAAAGUUGUCAAAAGUCAGUUGAAGUCCUUAUACACACAGGCAAUUAGUGAAGCUGAACAUCAAAAAGCUACUCUUAUGGCUGCUUUAGAAAAAGUGUCGGAAAUUCGUGCUCUAGAAUAUAAGUUGAGAACACAUGUUGGUCCGAAAAGUUUUCGCCGCGGUGUACUAAUGUCAGUUUUGCAAGAAAAUGCCAAAUCGAUACCACUUUGGAUAGGUAAACCCGGUGAGAGUCCCCCUGCUCUGUGUGGUGCAACAGGACCAUCAGCAAAUAUUCCUGCUGAUCCUGGCGAUCAUGUUGCUGCCCUUGUUCCAGAACCAGACGUGGCAGCUGCUGCUUGUAAUUUAUCUGAAGGUUGUAUAUUGGCUGAAGUUGUUUCGUAUAAUCCUGAUAAAGAAAUCUAUGAGGUAGAAGAUGUUGAUGCCGAAGAAGGGAAGAUGCCAAAGCGUUACUCUCUAUCCCGUUCUAAAGUUAUACCUUUACCAAAAUGGAAAGCUAAUCCAAUUACAAAUCCUGAGGCAAUAUUCAAUAAAGGUGCUACUGUUUUGGCUCUUUAUCCACAAACAACAUGUUUCUACAAAGCAAUUGUGGAUGAAAUCCCAAUUCAUAUACAUGAUGAGUAUUCCCUUUAUUUUGAAGAUUCAUCCUACCCUGAAGGUUAUGCUCCAGCUAUUAAAAUACCUCAACGAUAUGUUAUUCAAUGUCCUGACAAAGAAGCAAUGACGAGUAAACAUUUAGACAGGUCAAAAAAACGUGGUAAAAAACUAUGAAUUUUAACAUUUCCGCCUAGAUGCUUAGCGACAAAAAAAAAUCAAGACUGGCCUAUUGAUUUAUUGAAAUCCCUUUACAAUAGUAACAGUGAUGAUCGUAUAGAAUGGAUUUGAAUGGUUGUGUAUUCAAUCUUUAUACGACUCUGAAGAUCAACUGUAUUUUAUUUUGACUCACCAGUUGAUAUCAUAUUCACUGAAACACUUUAUUGUCCGUGUUUUUUCACCAUAGAUAACUGUAUUCAAUACUUUCCUUCACGAGCUAUUCAAAGUUAUUUGUGAAUCUAUUUCUGUUGGUUUGUAUUUGACAAUUAUAUCUACCUUUUUUAUUUUUUAAUACGAUUUUUGUGGAAUUAUCUUUCUUUUCAUGAAACCAUGUAAGGAUUUUUCAAAACCCUAUAUUCUUUCUGUUUAUUAGUGCGCCUGUGGUAUUAAUUGGACUGUUAUUGUUAUAUUUGUCAUUGUAUCAAUAAACAUAUCCAGUAAGCGUACGUUUUGAUAUCGG